UUUCUUAAAAGGCUUGGAGCUAGCUUUUGGAGAAUGAGUUAUGCGAAAACCUAAUUUGACAUUUAGUUGGAAAUCCAGUCAGCACAGCUACCUUAUGUAGGUGUGGAAGGGCACUCACUCUCCAUGUCAUGCUUAGACAUUAUGUACAAUCACAACUCAGUCGACCACAAAGGUUUUGGGACUCCUAUGAGUCCUCGAAUCUCCUUCUCAAAUGAUUUUGUCGAUUCAUCAUCAAAUACUUCUACUCAAAUGAAGAGGACCUAUAGGGAUGCCCCUGUUUCCUCUGACUUUGAAUUCAAUGUCACUAAUUAUUCCAUGAUGAGUGCUGACCAACUUUUUUCCAAGGGUAGAUUGUUGCCCUUCAAAGAAACUUGCUCUCACAAGACUACUACUCUUAGAGAUGAACUCCUUCAUGAGGAUAAAGAUGAUGAUGUUUUUUCCUCUAGGCCCCCUAAAACUUCUACUAGAUGGAAGGGACUUUUAGGCCUUAAGAAAUCUCACAUUGGGUCCAAGAAAAUAAUUCAUGAUAACAACAAUCAAAACUCUCUAGGAAAGCUGUCCAAUGUACCUCAUGAGGAGCUGCUUCAUCGAAACAAGAAUUCACAGGAACCAUACAAUGGGGCUGGUGGAGGAUCCAGUAGUAGAGAAGUAGAGUUUCGUUUUAAUUAAAGUUGUUUAAUUUCCAAAGGCAGUAUUAGAUUCUUGGAGUUGACAAUGGCUUCUAAUUUUAGUUAUUAAUGUGUUUAGUAUGCUCCCAGCUUUGGAAAAUUAAUUAACUCGUCAAAACUAAAUCCAUUGGUAGCUUUGUACAAGUAAUUGGGAAGUUUUUCUGUAUUUUGUCAUGAGAUAGAUUAUAUUGUUGAGCACCAAGUUGAUGUAUUUUCAAUAGAUAGUAUUCCGUUCAACAUAUUUACGUUGCGUCUGUUUUUGCAUUUAUUCAUCUGAGAGCUUCAGCAUUGUAUAGGGCCCCUACCCCGGCCCCCAUUAUUCUUUCCUUCUCAAUGAAUUAUUAAGUCAAUUUUAUGUCACAA